UUUCUCAAUUACAACAUAAAUCCUUACAAAAAACACAUUCUUAAUAACCAAAAGAACAAAGAAAGAAGAAAAAUGGCUUUAUCCAUGAAACACUCUUCCAUUGUUCUUUUCUUUGCUUCCACCCUUUUCCUCCAAGUCGCAUUAGGGGAAAUCACAUGUGAAAACUUGCCAACAAAUAUUUGUUCAUUUUCAAUCUCAUCAUCCGGAAAGCGAUGUUUAUUAGAGAAUUCAGCAAACGAAGAUGGAAAAUUAGAAUAUCAAUGCAAGACAUCAGAAGUUAUUGUUGCAAACAUAGCAGAGUAUAUUGAAACAAAUGAAUGUAUUAACUCAUGUGGUGUUGACAGAAACUCUGUUGGCAUUUCUUCUGAUUCUUUACUUGAACCUCAAUUUACUGCAAAACUCUGUUCCCCUUCUUGUUAUCGCAAUUGCCCCAACGUUGUUGAUCUUUACUUCAACUUGGCUGCUGGAGAAGGAGUAUAUUUGCCAGAUUUGUGCAGCAAACAGAGGAGCAGCCCACACCGCGCAAUGAUUGAGUUAUUGAGCAGUGGAGCUGCUGCUACUGAUGCUUCUGCUCCUAUUGCUUCUGAAGAUAUUAUUGUUGGUGCUCCUGAUAUUUCCCCUGCUUCUUUCUAAUUUAUAUAUAUUAUGUAUACUAUAUUCUAAAAAUUAUUUUCCUUGGGAAUUUGUUCAUGAAAAGGGAGAGGAGAAUUUGUUCUUAUAUUAUUAAGAUUGUAGUAUAGUAAGAAAUGGGAGUUUGAUCUCAUUGUUGAUUUAUUUUUACAUAGGAUUUAUACGAAAUUGUUGUUGUGAGAGAAUCUGUUCACCAGUUUUUCUUCUGCUGAGACUUUAAUAAAAUGUUU